UACGGGAAAAAAAAAAAAAAAAACAUGUUACAAUUUCAGUGUAGCCUCCCUUUCUCCAUUUUUAUAGAGUUUAUAAUGUUGAUGAGCCUUGCAAAAUCCUGCAUGGUGAGAUCUUGAAUUCCAAAAAAUGGCCAUCUCUUCUAUUCUAUGCUAUGUGGGCUUUGUGCUUUUGCUAUGGAAAACUUGCUGCCUCUUUUUCAGGGCCAAGCGCUUCCGUUACAUGGCUUCUCUUUCUCCACAACAGAAUCCUCUGCUUCUCUACAAGCUCACCAAUUACGUAGAAUUCGCUUUUCUCUCAGAUAUAGCUCUCCAAUUCGCACUGUUCAAAACUGAGGCAAUUCCUUCCAUCUCCAGAAUAUUGCGGGCUACCAAACGCUACGAUGACACCAAGCGCUUCGAUGACACCCGAAUUCUGAUCGACGAAUUCGUUCUCCAUCACGUCGACAGCCGCAGGGGAUCUCGUGCCAUCCGACGUCUCAACUUCAUCCAUGCCCAGUACAAAAUCUCCAACGAUGACUUCGUGUAUUCUCUCUGUUUAUUCAUUCUCGAGCCCAUCAGAUUCUCCAUCAAGUACGGUUUCAGAAAGUGGACUGAAGGAGAGAAGGAGGCGCAGUUUAUAGUUUGGCAUGACAUUGGAGUACGAAUGGGCAUUAAAAAUAUUCCAGAGAGUUUGGAGGAGAUGGAUCGGUUUAGCAGACAAUAUGAAGCCUCGCACAUGGUGUAUUCCAAGUCCAACAAAGUCCUUGCGGACAACACUCUAGAGCUGUUUUUGUCCACGGUGCCUGCUUUACUCCGACCCUUGGCUAAAUGGGCCGUCUUUGCUUUGUGUGAGGAGAGGAUGGUAAAUGCAAUGGACUAUCCACGCCAGCCAUUCUGGUUCAUCUGGACUGUGAACAGUAUUGCCAAAUUCUGCUGCGGCACUCUUGUGCGUUGGCUUUUACCUCCGAGACCAGUGAGUUGGUCGACCCAGAGGAUUCCAUUGCAGGAAGAGGAAGAGGAAGAGGAAGAUGAGAAAGUGUACAAAUUGAGAUACCAGGUUUACAAUCCAUGCGCGUAUCCAGAUGGGUACAAGGUGAGCCAUGUGGGAGAUGCACCAGUGGGGCGUAUGGGCAAGCUGGGUGAUGGGACCGUGCUGUGUCCUUUUUCUUAUAUAAAAAAGAUUUGACUUAAUGAGCAUGCUGCUUGGGUUCGGGUUCUCAUUGUAAUUCAAAAUCUGCCAUAGCUAUAAAUAAUUGGAAGGUUUAACCACCUAGGUGGUGAGUUUCAAACUUUAUUACUUAUAUUAUUAAAUAUGGCUGGAAUGCUCUUGUAGAUUUUCUGAAUCCCGCUGAUGUAUGGGAAAAGUCAGAUGAUCAGGAUGAUCCUCCUCUCACUUCUAUUAUUGCAUUGGUCGAUGAUCAUCUUCCCUCCUCUCCUAUUA